UGAGAACCCGUAUUCAUAGUCCUUCCUUGAGGAACAAGGAUUCCUUGUUCAUGAAAUGUGAAAUGAGAACAAGGAAUCCUUGUUCCUCAAGGAAGGACUAUGAAUACGGGUGUUACCCGUGGCAAUUAUUAUAGAGGAAAGCAAUUCAUAUUUAAGAAUCAGAAUUUAGGGGCGAUAAGUAGAAUGACAUUAAUUACUGAUCAUCAAUAUGAAGGGUGAACAUAGUCAAAUUCUGAAAGGCUCAGUAAUCUCAACUGCGACACCGUUCGCGUUUGUUUUGAUGUCCAAAUACAGAAAUGACAGAUGCGACAACUGCUUGCGGAGCAGUAAACUACUGAAAUGUUCAGCGUGUCAAUGUGUAUAUUACUGCGAUCGCCACUGUCAAAAAGAAUCAUGGGGCAUACACAAGUUCGAGUGUACAAAUUUGAAGCGAAUAUCACCAAGAAUAAUUCCUGACGCAGCUAGAUUAAUGGCACGAAUAGUCAUAAAGUUGAACAAAGGUGGAGCAGACGAGCAAGGCUUUUACACAGAGACAAGAUUCAGGAAGUUCAAGGAUCUUAUGUCUCAUUAUUCCGAUCUGAAACAAGAUGUGAAACGAAUGGAACACUUUACGUCUCUAUGUGGUGUCUUAUUUGAAGUCCUCGGAGAGACGCUUCUACCAAACUCAGCAGAGUUGAUGGGAAUAUAUGGUCGCCUGUGCGUCAACUCUUUCAACAUAUUAGACUCAGAGAUGAACAGCAUCGGAACUGGGGUUUACCUAGGGCCUUCCGUAAUGGAUCAUAGUUGCAAGCCAAAUGCUGUUGCUGUUUUUGAAGGGACUACAAUCACCAUUAGAGCCCUGGAAGAUAUACCUCGAUUAGAUUGGUCAGAGAUCAGAAUAUCAUACAUCGACCUGCUCAAUUCCACGGAAGAAAGACAAACUGAAUUACAAGCUGGUUAUUAUUUUCGAUGCAACUGUGAACGAUGCACGUCACCUGAGCCGUUUGUGAUGGCUGCUGCUUGUCCGAGUCCGUCAUGCGAUGCUCCAUGCUUUCCGUCUGAGGAAAGUUGUUCAGAAUGUGGAGAAAAACUACCCGAAACACUGAGCGAUUUGUUUGAAGAAGUUACAGAAUUUACUCUACAUCAUUUACAAAGCAUGAAGACUGUCGCAUAUCUCGAUGUUAGUAAAAUAUGCCUAAAGAAGCAGGAAGGCGUAUUACAUUCCCUCAACUUGCAGCAUGUACGAACGCUCGACGCUGCUUUUGAAGCGGCAGUCAAUUUGGGCACUUGUUGGGAAGAUGCUGAACAUUAUGGAACUAAACUCAUACCUGGAUAUCUAUUAUAUUAUGGCGCCAUGCACCCAUUAACAGGAUUACUCUAUCUGAAAUUAGGAAAGAUACAAUUGUAUUUAGGGAAAUCGAGCAGAGCAGUUGACACACUCAAAAAGGCUGCAGCAGUUUUAACUGUAACACAUGGCGAUCAACACUCUCUUGUUAGAGAGCAGCUCAGACCAUUGACUUAUCAAGCUAUUUCCCAAUAUUCUAAUUAAAUAAGGCCAAUUUUCACUUACAGAAAUAUAUUUUUAGAUUUUGUAUAAACACUGUUCACCGAAUUAUCGAGAUAUUAUACUGCCGCAGUACACGAUAACGACGAGAAUGAAAAAUAAUUGUAUGAGCAAACUGUAGCAAAAAUUACAUUAUUGAACUCUGACGAUGGGUUGUAAUUACCAAAGCUUAAUGAAAUUCUGGCAAGUUUUAGAAUCACUUUUACGAUGCAUUUAUUAGAUGGACAAUGGGAAAGAUAAGUAUGUAAAUUAUUAAAUUUAUUUAGAUACGUUCUACAUGUUAGGCUGGUUAUAAAAAUGGUGCGUUUCUAGAAUCACGUGGAACCAAACUUUUUUACCAUAAAUUUAUGGAAAAUCAAUAACAAGGGAGUUCGUUAUAAAAUUUGGACGAUGAUUACUUUACUGAAAAAAUGUUUAUUUUGUGAUACUGAUAGGAUACAUCUUGCAUUCACGCACUCAUACAAUAUUAUUGUAUAUGCUACACAUAUACCACAAUAACAAUAAGAAACUACACUGGCAUUCACGCAUCAGACACGCUUUUGUCUCUUCACUCCCAGUCUCACAAAUAUUUUCAAAUGUAUUCGAUUACUAUAUUAAUGGAACAUAUAAAAUAAUCAAAAUAAAUUAACAACACAGUGAAGUCUUACACAGGAAUUGACGUUCAACUCCUUCAUAGACAAUAUUCCGAAAAAGGAAAUAUUGCUGCUUCGUGUCUCAUUUUUUUUCCUUCAGGGGUAUGGAGGUGGAAUUAUUUUACAGCAAAUAUGCUUCAAAGAUUGAUACAACGAUUCGACGAUUUACGUCUAGCUUCUUUCUCUUCUAAACUCGCGUUAUUUUCUA